AGUAUCGCGUAAGCUGAACAGAAAGCCGGUCGAACAAAAUACCCGAGCGUGUGACACUAAAUUUACACGCGAUAUCGGCGGAAAAAAAAAAAUUUUGCAAGUUUAUCCAGUGUUUGUGCACUUUGUGGAUUUUAGUAGAUUUUGAGGAAUGAAUAAAUACUGCAGUGUUCUCAAAUAAUUAGUGCCUCACUUCACCUUACACAGACAUUAAAGAUGCCAUCACCUCAAAAUAUAAAAUAAAAAAUCGAACAAAAAAAUGUGGAUCCGUUGUUCGCGAGUGGCCUUGUGUUUUUAUUUUUUCAUGUUGGCAGAAUCGACCUACACCAAAUACUCGAACACCAACCCCUACAACUCGAAGAAACAAAAUACCGCCAACUUGACGCCGUCUAAAUUCCCGAGUUACAACAAAAUCGACGACAAUGUGAAGUUUAGACACGGCCGAUUCGAAAAUUUGAAUCGGGUGAAUUCGCGUAUCGACAGCAUCAGUAAAAUAAGCGACAGCAGACACAGAUUACGGCACUCUAGAUGGCAAGAUUUGACCACCACGACUACCACGACCACAGAAGAUAGCCUAUUUGACAGCUAUGGAGAUUUAAGCGAAGAAGAUAACUACCAAACCCUGGAUGAUGAAGAAGAUUAUGAGGAUGAAGAUUUGGAAUCGGACCUUUUCAACGAAAAAGACGAAUAUUCCGGUUAUCAAGACGAAGAGCCCACUGAAAAGCCAGUACCAGCACCCAAAUCUUUUUCAGAACACAAAUGGAACACACUGGGAACCAGAGAAAAAGUGACUGAAACUCGAAGACUUCAUCUCAAUAUUAAACCAACAAAAGAACAACUCGAAGUCCAGCAGGCUAGGGACCACUACAUACGGGUGCACAGGGACGGACUGUGCAAAAAUCCCAUGCCCCGCGUCAUCUACGUUCAAAACGAGUACCCGAACCCCAACGUGAAAUACGUGCCGCACUGCACUGUGCUGCACAGGUGCACCGAAGAUACAGGGUGUUGCAGCCACGGCGGCUACAAGUGCCAGUACCAGAGUCGCGAACCGGUGCUUCUUUAUUUUUACGCCAAAAAUAUCGGCGAAACAGAAACCAAGGUACAAAAACUAACAUUCUACAACCACACCGAAUGCGCAUGUCGAGACACGAAAAAUCAAACGAUAAUGGAAAGUUUGACGAUGAAACCGAAAAAUAAAGACAGCCAGAUCGGACAGUGGUUUCAACAGCAACAACGUCAGAAGAUGGAGGAGGAAGAGGCCAUUAAAAAGUGCAAAUGUCCGGAGAUUUUCAAAUCGACGUAUUCGAGUUCGUUGAGGAGGUGUGUUUGCGAUUGCGAGGAGGAAAAUGACGAGUGUAUGCUGUUUAAAAGGGGGGAGGAGCAUUUUAGUCUAAUUGACAGAAGGUGCCUUUCUGACAACACUUGUACCACGCCAGUAUGUCAAUACGGCACAUACAACAAACUAAAAGGAAAAUGUCCGACAAAGCGCGAUAAAAUAGAAAUAUUCGCGAGAAUAUCGAAACCUAAUUGAUAUUUUUUGCUACUAUAGUAGAAAAACAAAUGAAUGUUGUGUAAGUGUCUAAUUUAUGUAUGAAAUUGGUGAAAAUGUAAGAGAACCUGCUUACUGUUGGUGUGAAAAUAUUACGCACGUUUUAUUAUACACACACAGGCGUUACUUUGAAGUAACUAUAACGCACUAGACAUUAUUUAGCACCGAGCGUGAAUUGAACGUAUUAUUUUGCAAAAAAUAAAGGCUGAUAUUAGGCUUGAUAUUACACAAAAUUCCGUCAUUGUAGAGUCAAGUUUUAAUAAAAUAUUAUUCACUGUACUGUACCUAGAUUUCUGCAGUUUUUCUAGUAUAUCGCAACACAGGCAUUUAUCUAGAUAUUAUUUUUUAUUUAUUUUCGUAUUUAUUAGGAUUUUAAGUACUGUAAUAUAUGCAUACCAUUUUUUGUAUAUUAUUUAAUAAGGGCAUAAACCAUGUGAUUAUAGACUUUUAAUUUAAUUUUCAAAUAAAUAUAAUAAUA